AUGCCGGGCAAGGUCAAAGCGUACGAGCUCCAAUCCAAGUCGAAGAAUGACUUGUCGAAGCAGCUCACUGAGCUUAAGAAUGAGCUCCUGGCCCUGCGGGUACAGAAAAUCGCUGGCGGCUCUGCGGCGAAGUUGACAAAGAUCAACACCGUUCGCAAGUCAAUCGCGCGGGUGAUGACUGUCACGAACCAGAAGCAACGGCAAAACCUGCGUGACUUCUACAAGAAGAAGAAAUACCUGCCGCUUGACCUUCGCGCGAAGAAGACACGGGCAAUCCGGCGACGACUGACAUCUCACGAGAAGUCGCUGAAGACUCUCAAGCAGCACAAGAAAGACAUCCAUUUCCCCAUACGAAAGUACGCGGUGAAGGCAGCAUGA